AGCCCUUAGCGACAGUCUUGCGAAAUAAAUUGAGUGGUUGAAGUCAAAACUCAAAAAAGGUUAAACUAGCGAAUAUGUGUAUGUAUAUGUAUACAGUGAAUAUGUAUAUUGCGUUUUCAUUCCCACUGGUAUGGUUCGAGGCAGUUGGUUUCCUCAAACCAUUUGAAAUGACUGAAUGCUUGGCCCUUUUAAUGCGAUCUGAGAAACACAAACAAGUUGUGUUUGGUAAAUACAAAUACAGAUGUGUGACAAAGGAGAAACCUGGUUGAGUGGAGAAAACUAAUGCAGAUGCUCCCAUACAGGUGUCCUGCAUGAUAAAAUUAAGCAAUUAACUGAGGAAGCCCAGUUGACCUCUAUUUUGGAUCAAGAUGAUGAAAAAAAUCUAAGGGACUUCAAAAGCGGGUUCAUUUUUGGGGCACAGAUGGCUGGAACUUCAGUCACAAAACCUGCUCAACUGCCUAGUGUUUCAAUAGGAACAGUGACUAAAGCGACAUUGUAUUUAGAUCUAUUGGAAAGACAUCAGUAAAUAGGGUUGGGAAUUGUGGUCAAAAGGGAACAUUUGACAACCGUGAUGCUUGGAUGAGCAACUCUUCCUCAGGUGAGUGCGAAUGUCAAUGCAGGACGUGAUCAGACUCAGAAAAAGAACUAGUCAGUUGACAACUUCAUAGAGGCAUAUUCUAGGACUGCAGGGCAUAAACCCCUCAUUUCAAAGCCUGAAUGCUUGACUCCUACACUGAGUGGGGUCCAGUAGCUCUGUUAAUGCUGUGGUGGGCAUUUUCCCGAUCACCUUCAUCCUAUGAUGAAAUCUUUCUAUCCUGACGGGAGUGGUCUCUUACAGGAAGACAGUACCCCCAUCCACAGGGCACGAGGGGUCAGUGAACGGUUUGAUGAGUAUGAAAAAGAUGUGCCUUCACAGUCACCAGAUGUCAACCUAUGGAAGGUUUUCGAUGGACUUGCUAGAAAGCACUCCCAACCACUAUCCUCAAUACCAAAUGAGGGAAUACCUUUUCGAAGAAAGUUGUGCCAUCUCUCCAGUAGAGUCCCAGGAACUUGUAGAAUCUAUGCCAAUGCACAUUUAAGCCGUUUUGCCGACUUGUGGUGGCCCAACACCUAAGUUACUAAGACACUUUAUGUUGGUUCUUUAAUUUGUCAGCCGUCUGCAUGUGACACAUCGAUUCGAGCGAUUAUUUUCAUAGGUAAAUCGCCCCUGUGCCACCUGCACAAUUUAUCAGCACGGAUGUACGCCAGUUCACAGUUAUGAAUAAAAUACCAUGCCAGGCCUUCUGGUGUUGCAUUGGGAUUAAUCUACCCUUGCACAUCUACCAGUUAGACAGGCGGCUGCUGAAAUCGAUUAAAAUACGUUGAGUCACUAUUGAAUGUUGAUGAUCGCGUCAUUUCUGCGCCCACCUGACUUUGCCGGGGAAGGUGGGGGAAUUAUGUGGGGUCGACAGUGUUUAGGACCCGGCAUCACGUGUGGAGCGGUUGCAGCAUGGAGACUGCAGGCACUGCGCAAGCAUUGAAUUAAAUUCGCUUUAUUUUCUCCACAAUCCCACUGAAAUGAACGGGCAGAGCGUAAGAACUACUGCAGGGACGUACCGAUUAUAACGGCGCUCCGCGUAUUUCCUCUGCCUGAUAAAAUGGGAUGUUUUUCUGCGUAACAGAAACGUGUAGUUAGUGACAACGCAUCUAUUUCUAUCAAUAGUUGAACAUUUAAAGUUUCCUGCACAUUUUCUUUAUUUGAUCUUUCGCUAUUGCUCGACAGAGCUACAAGGUGUGGGAUGCGAUUGGGGACAAGUGGUGUUGGCACAGUCGAAUUGUGACAUUGCGCGGUGGCUGCGCUGACUGGUCAGUGAAAAUCUGCACAUUGCGGCUUGAUCCAGACUCUGGUGGCUACCAGAUUUAAACGCAGCCUCGCUUUACGUUAUCCCGCAACUGCAGACUAGACUAGAUCAAUAUACAACGUGCAUGUUAUGGUUUGUGAUGCGCAGGAAAGCUAACCACUCCACUAGUCAGUAAUAGUAUAUAACUAUCGGACAACACAUUUCAUUGAUCUGCUGACCCCAUUCACGAAGCAGUCAUGCCGUUAUCACGCCUUCCUUGCAACAUCAUAAUAGGUUUUACGCUGUUGUUUCUGGUGGCCUGUGACACCACUGGUCCAGACCCAGCGCUUCUCUCUGCCUCCCUGGACCCCCCGCUGUCCCCCCAGUCUGGGGUGCUGGAUGAGGGGGGUAAGAUGGCCUCGCUGACUGAGGGGGGGAAGAUGGCCUCGCUGACUGAGGGGGGGAAGAUGGCCUCGCUGGAUGAGGGGGGGAAGAUGGCCUCGCUGGAUGAGGGGGGUAAGAUGGCCUCGCUGGAUGAGGGGGGUAAGAUGGCCGCACUGGACCCUGACGGGCCCGCUACCCUGAGCUUCCUGGGUGGCUCCCAGGAGUCCGGCUUCUCCAGCGAGGAAGCAGAGGACCCCAAAGCCCUCCAGUCCCAGUACUUCUGGGAUGAGGUUGGGGAGGUCAACGGCACCAAUUUGGACCCGGACUCCACUGACGGUGACAGCCCUGCUGGGUUUCAGCCCUCCUCCCUGCCCCCGUCCCUCCCAGGGGAGGUGCCCAGUGACCUGAACUCCUCCACCUCCCUGGUGCCGCUGGGGGAGUCUCUGGACCCCGACCUGUGGGAGAUCCAGGGGGAGACGAGCGGGACCCCGGCAGAGCCCGCUUACGACCCCCCCGCUACGGGCACGGCCCCCCCCACCCCGGACUCGGACGCGGGACCGGUGCUCCUGUGGGACGGCCGUGGCCCCCGCGGGACGGCCCCUCCCCAUGAGGAGGGCGCGGCAGAGGCGGAGGAGGGAGGUCUCACACAUGUGGACUUCCCCGCCCACCUGACCACUGAGGCGGGCGUGGCUGCAUACUUCCCUACGGAUGAGGCGGAGGGUGAGCAGGGGGGCGAGGCGGAGGGGGCGGACGUGCCCUCGGUCCUAAAAGCCGUGGCGGGCGUGGCUGAGCACUUCCCUACAGACGAGGCGGAGGGUGAGCAGCGGGGCGAGGCGGAGGGGGCGGACGUGCCCUCGGUCCUAAACGCCGUGGCGGGCGUGGCUGAGCCCUCCCCUACAGAUGAGGCAGAGGGGGCGGACGUGCCCUCUGUCCUAAACGCCGCGGCGGGCGUGGCUGAGUCCUCCCCUACAGAUGAGGCGGAGGGGGCGGACGUGCCCUCUGUCCUAAACGCCGUGGCAGGCGUGGCUGAGCCCUCCCUUACAGAUGAGGCGGAGGGUGAGCUACGGGGCGAGACGGAGGGAGAACCGGGCGGCUGGGGUCAUCACACCCCUCUCACCACCGUCCCCUCUUCCUCCCCAUCCUCUUCCUCAUCCUCCCACACCGGGGCCUUCACAGACAUCCCCUGGCACAAAGCUGCUCCCACUCUCCCCCAGGGCCGGGAGCCAAAGCCCAGGCAGGGGAGUGCCGAAUUCAGCUCUGAGACCGAUUUCCUGGACAAACACCCCCCUCACGAUUCACUGCAGGUCAUUUGUGUUGACUGGAGUGACCUCACGGGAAAGGGCUACGUCAUCCUCAACAUGUCUGAGAACUUUGAUUGUGACGAGUUUCGGGUGGAGAACGGAGACCAGCUGCUGGAGAUGCUGGAGACGGCCUUCUCCAGGAAGAUGAACAGCCCGCAGGGCUCCUGGCUGAUCUCCCUCAGCAAGCCUGUUCGCCAGGAUCGACAGCUCCUCAUGACUCUGGCCAGUGAGCAGGGGGUGAUUGCCACUAAAGAUGUGUUGUCAAUGCUUGGAGAAAUCAGGAGAGGAUUACAUGACAUCGGCAUCCAGAACUACACCAGCGUGUCCAGCUGCCAGUCUCGGCCCAGCCAGAUGCGCAGUGACUACGGCAAACUGUUUGUGGUCCUAGUCAUCAUCGGGUCGGUCUGCGUGGUCAUCAUCGCCUCCGGGCUCGCCUACAUCUGCUGGCAGCGCCGCCUUCCCAAGCUGAAGAAUACGUCUCGUGGUGAGGAGCUCCAUUUCGUGGAAAACGGCUGCCAUGACAACCCCACCUUGGAUGUCGCCAGCGACAACCAAUCGGAGAUGCUGGAGAAGAAGCACAGCGCGAACGGAGUGGUGGCCGGGGGUGGCGGGGGCAGCGGCUGGCAGGUCCUGGUCAACAAGCCGGGCAAAGAGGAGGCUGAGAAUCUGGAGGAAGACACUCAUCUUUAAUAUGCAGAAAGGGGGGAGGAGGGGGGGGGGUGGGGUAAGGUCACAAAAAAAGAAACAAGUCAGCGACUCUCGCAGCACGCAGCUCCUACAGGCUCUACAAACAUCCGCUAGCCAAAUCCCAGCUUAGAGACUUCUCGCGGAGCAAAUCAACACAGUAUUUGAGAAUCAUUAAUUAAACAAAAGACUGUCAACUUACUUUGCUUUCUUUGGCAACGGUGCAUGGUUCUAAAGGGAAUAUGUGAAAGUGAUAGCAGGAUAAAUGUUUGUCUCGGAAUAAUAUGAAUGGUAAAGUGAAGGAAACCAGCGAACCGUACUUAAGGCACAAAUGUAGAAUUUAAUUGCGUGCGCUUGGAGUCCUGGUUUGUGCGUCAUUAUGGUCGUUUUGAAAGCUUUGAAAAGAGUCGAGCUGCAGCUCAGCUACUUGAAAUGAAUCCCUUCAAAUGUGCCGCCCAUUGUCGGCAGCCAGCUCACAAUCAGAAUGGACCCUUGCAAAAUGGCCCCUGCCAGCACUUAUGUACGACUCAGCAGUUAUGCCUAUUUAACAGAACUGGACUAUUUGUAUGCACUUGCAGGCUUGUUUUUGGCUGUGCUUGUAACUUAUUUAGUUUUUGAAAAUGAAUGUUAUCUGACCGAAGGCUAACGCUUUCAUCAUGCUAGCACUGAAAAUAAAACUGAACAUUUGUAAUGUUAAAGUUGUCUUUUGUUGAACAGUCUGCAACAGAGACAGAGAAUGUAAGUCCUGUUAGAGUUCUGACAGAGACAGAACGAUGAGCUUGUGUUCGUGUUUACAAGCUUUGCGUUCUGCACUGCCAUCGGUGAUGUAUGUAGGCUGCAGUCUUCUCUGUUCCAAUUGGAUUCUGUAUAUUUAUGAAGUUUGUCUGAAAGACACAAUAUUCAAAGUUAUAAUGAUAUCUGAAAUGGCAGUAAAUGGGAUUUAUCUUUUCACUCGUGUGGCUUUUUAGAGGAACUUUUUGAGAGGCAGUGUUUUUUGCUGUGUGUUCUUCGGGCACUUGCUUGUGCUGCUGAUGUUUGUGACAGGGUAUUGUGUGCAUAUGAGCACUUUACCUGUGCAUGGAAAGACCAUACGAGCGUUUGUACAUGCCAUGUCAUUUCCAUUCUAAUGCUUGGGGGAAAUGCGUAAAUGUAGCAGUACCAUGUAAUUAUCUGUUCUCUCUGUAUUUAUUUAUGUUUAUUUAAGGGCUGUAGGCUGUGACGUUUGUGAUGACCAUACUUUGACAGACCAGUCAACCAUUGUACAGUUAAAAAACAACUUAUUUCUUUAACAGCUGAUUUUAUGUAUGCGUGUGUUUGUGUAUAUAAAUUAAAUUCAUCGAAGCUUU